UCAGCAUUAUGAGAAACAAUAAUCUCUACAGACUGGCUUUGGUCAACAGGGAAAGAACAACUGGAACAGCUGCACAUCACAUUUUUUGUCUUGACUGCUCAUAUGCAAGUGACAACACGAUGUUUAUACAAUUCUGCCUUGUUUCAACAUAAACCGAGCAAUUGGUUAAAAAAUGGAAUUUUAAUGCCCUUUUAAAAUGUUACAACAGGCGUUUAAGGUUUAAUGGAUUAUACCAUACUCCCUGUGACUAGAUCAAUUUCACCAAUUACAACCUCCCACAUUCUGGCACGAAAGAAAAGGCGUGGGAUUAUUGAAAAAAGAAGACGGGACAGGAUUAAUAACAGUUUAUCAGAACUGCGUCGUUUGGUUCCAACAGCUUUUGAAAAACAGGGAUCAUCCAAGCUGGAGAAAGCUGAGAUCCUACAGAUGACUGUAGACCAUCUGAAGUUGCUCCAUGCAACAGGAGGGAAAGGCUAUUUUGAUCCUCACUUGCUAGCCGUGGAUUACAGAAGUAUGGGAUUCAGAGAAUGUCUCGCUGAAGUCAUAAGUCAAAUGAAGAGUAAACUCUUUUUCUGCAGUAGGAAAGCGGAGACAGAAGAAGUGACAUGCCUGAGAGUCCCCUAGCACCUCUGAAGGCUACUACAGAGAAUUGAAUGUAAUCUGGAGGCAGGAGAAGACCAAAAUGGGGAAUAAUAUGAAGAGGGAAAGUUGUAUAAAAAGGAAGGAUUUUUUGUGUAAAAGCAUGUUGUGUGUCGCAUCAUUAUUGGACUUCAAUUUUUAGAGAGCAAGUGACUCUGACCCCUAAAUACCACCAGUUUAUGUGGCAGUAAUACAAACCAGAUUUACAAGAGGACUUCUAUAUUUCAGUGUUCCCUGCUUUCUAUUGGAGUCUUUUAAUUUUCUCUUGAAUUAAUUAUAUCGAUGUGAAACUGAAGCACUCCACAUAUAGUUGUAGUUAUUUCACAACUGUUUUUCUUUCUAUUUUUCUGCUUUAAUCAUCUGCUAAUAGGUCAUGCAUGUCUUGCAGACAUGUGGUGAGGUUGAUCUUUUCCACAGACACCCUAGCUAUCAGCAGCAAUAACUUAUAUUUACAUAACCAUUCUGUGUAAAAAAAAACUCAAGUUGUUUUAUUAUUUGGACAUUAAACAAUGAGUGAAGGAACUUAGAACAAAGGCGCAGUCAAAGAGAGGGGUUUUGGAGAAACUUUUGAAGGAAGUAGGAGAGUUUUCUAGAGAGAAGAAAAUUGUCUCCUAGACUAGUUGGCAAAAGAACGAUUAAGUUUGGGCAAGUCACAAGAGUUUUCAGUAUUUCCUACAAGUUUGGAUACCUGUUCCCCACACAACACUCCAACCUGCAGCAUAUAGCUGGGAAUGAACUAAACCUAUCCUUGUUUGUUCAGUGUGAACAGGAAGAGCACUCAGAGAUCAAGAAAUAUUAAAUGCACAACAGUACUUCACACUGUUGUUUAGAGAAAAGGUAUAAGUAAAGCAAACAUUUUGGAAAAAGUUUAUAUAAUGGAAUUUUUAAUAUAAUAGAUGUAAUGUUAUUAAAGUUCUGAAAACUUAUUGAAAAAUGUAGAAAUAUUAUAAGUAGACUAUGCAACUGAUCAGUGGGUAAUUUCUGAAUCAAAUGCACUUAAUCUCUCCACUAUGUGGGAAAGCCAUAAGAAACUCUUAUAAAUCUGAACUAUACAUAGUGGAUUCUGCACCAUAUGUAUUUUCAAAAUGUAUUGAAUUCUGUAUGAUUGAAGGUUUAAAUAUUGGCUGAGUUAAUAAAUAUGCAUUGAGUUUAAA